AUCUCCUGAUCUGCAAUAGCAGGUGAAUAACGCCGUCGGAUGCUAAGCCUCUUACUGGCAUCGUCACUCUAGGGAGAGUUAAUACCUAUACUCCGUACACCGCCUUGACCACCUCUCCCGACAAGGCUGAAUCAAUCAAGGAAGCAUUACCAACCCCCCCAAGGAAGCCAAUGCAAUGUCUCGCAACACGAGGAAAGAGCAUUAAAGCUCCCAGGAUAUGCUUGAAUCGGCAGCUCUUCAUCAGUACCUCUCGCCGGUUCACCACCCCAUCACGUCCAUUCCAUCUCCAAGUCCCGCUCCUGUCAUCAUGGAAUCCCGAUGAAUUCGAGACAGAGGCAUUUGUGCCAGCCUCGCCAGCUCGACUUCCUCGUUCCGCAGCUCACCUUCCACCAGCCUGUUCCAAAUGGUUCAUCCAUGACCACAGUAUCGACUACGACCUCAUCACCACUGGAUGCGACAAGCUUUCAAUCCCUCAAUCUUCCGAACUGCGCACCUCAUUCUGGUCCGACCACGAAUCCACCAUCGUCCCUCUCGAACUCACCUCUAAGGGCCCCGAUGGCGAAGAAAUCUUCCGUCGCGUCGAAGCGCCUCUGAAAGUCCUGCUGGCGCAUUUAUCCAGGCCUCAACGUGCGCCGUCCGAGCAUUCAAUCUACCUGGCUCAGUGCGACCUGACCUCGCUCCCCGAGUCCAUCACUCACGACAUUCCCAGUCCUCGACUCGUCACCCGUUCUUCCUCCGGCAGAAUCAAAGGUGACGUCUACGCCUCGUCCCUGUGGCUUGGCCGACCACCAACAUACACGCCUCUUCACCGUGACCCCAACCCGAACGUAUUCAUCCAGCUGGCAGGCCGCAAAGUUCUCCGCCUCCUCCCGCCCGAGGUUGGCGCCGCGAUCUACGACGACGUCCAGAAGGAACUCAGCCAUGAUCAUGGUUCCGCCACCAUCAGAGGCGAGGAAAUGAUGGCUGGCCCGGAGAAAUUAGCCCUUCACGCCGCGAUUUGGCCCGAUGACCACACGACCAGCCGCUACGCCCAAGUCCUCAGCACAUAUGGGCUCGAGACCGAGGUCAGCCUCGGCGACGCUCUCUUCAUCCCAAGGGGCUGGUGGCACAGCGUCAAAGGUGUCGGUGAAGGUAUAACUGCCAGUGUGAACUGGUGGUUUCGAUGAUCUCCAAACAGUCUGUCAGACUAGACAGCAACAGAGAACUCGUGAAAGCGACAUUUAGAAGGGUCUCCAGCCACCAGAAGCAUUCUCCGUGUCCGACCCAGAAGUCUGAAAUGAGACAGCUUCCAGCGCCGUGCGCUCGUAACGAAGUUUGAGUGCUUGACCAAAACACUCCGGGGGAUACUUCAGCAUAGCAAAAGGACCGUGGAGCAACAGAAGGAUCGGCAAGCGUACCAAAAGUCAAUUGUCGGGCGAAGGAUCUGCUUAUAUCUCCAAUCAAUGACCGAGACAUAUACAAUUCAUCAAUUC